AAGCAAUCCAGUGGUAGAUGUUGCUCCUGCAAAUAAGGUUGAUGAGGAUAGCAAGAUUAAGGCUUUAAUUGACACCCCUGCCCUUGACUGGAAUCGUCAAACACAAGAAGGUUAUGGUGCUGGAAGAGGCUUUGGUAGGGGAAUGGGUGGGAGGAUGAUGGCUGGUCGUGGUUUUGGCCGAGGUGGGCUGGAGCGAAGGACACCUCCAGCAGGUUAUGUUUGUCACAGAUGCAAAGUACCAGGUCAUUUUAUCCAGCAUUGCCCCACGAAUGGUGAUCCAAAUUAUGACAUUAAAAGGGUGAAACCCCCAACCGGCAUUCCUAAAUCAAUGUUAAUGGCAACUCCUGAUGGUUCCUAUGCAUUGCCUGGUGGUGCUGUAGCUGUUCUUAAGCCGAAUGAAGCUGCAUUUGAGAAGGAAAUUGAGGGGUUACCUACAGCUCGUCCUGUCAGUGAUCUCCCACCAGAAUUGCACUGCCCACUUUGUAAAGAAGUAAUGAAAGAUGCUGUUUUGACUAGCAAGUGCUGUUUUAAGAGUUUUUGUGACAAAUGCAUAAGAGAUUAUAUCAUUAGCAAGUCAGUGUGUGUCUGUGGUGCUACAGACAUACUAGCAGAUGACCUUCUGCCAAAUAGAACACUUAGAGAAACAAUUAGUCGCAUAAUGGAGUCAACAACCAAUAGUACAGAAAAUGCAGGAAAUCUUGUUCAUGUUCAAGAUAUGGAGUCAGCUCGCCAGGUACAACCCAAAAACCAGUCUCCUACUCUUUCUGCUGCUUCCAAAGAUGAACAUAAGCCACUUCCUCCACCGGAACGUUCUCCAAAUGUGAAUGAAGGGGAGGCUGCAAGUGAUGUAAAGGCUGCAAAUAUGGAGACAAAUUCUGUGGACAAGAAGGUCGCUGCAAAUGUGAAUAAAUCUGAAGCAAUGCCGGUAUCAGUGAGUGCAAAAGAACCAUCAUCAGAGAGUGCUCCAGUUCCUGAAGAAGGCCAGGAAAAGUUGAUUGCUGGAGACCAAGGAAAGAAGAAGAAGAAGAAGAAGACACGGAUGGCCGGCAAUGCUUCUGACAUGCAGUGGAGGACUUAUCAAGAUUUUGGAGCUGAAAACUUUGCGGGAAUGCCUUUGGCUGCUCCAGGCUACAACCCGUACUGGGCUGGUGGUGGAAUGCCAUUUGGACUUGAUGGAUACAUGGCGCCUUUCACUGGUCCCAUGCAAUACAUGGGUUAUACUCCUGGCCCCUUUGAUGUCCCUUUUGGGGGAGGUAUUCUUCCACAAGAUCCAUUUGCUGCACAAAGUUAUAUGAUGCCAGUAGUUCCAAGGGAUCUGUCUGAGUUAGGCAUCGGUGGUAUGAAUCAGGGGCCUGGAUAUUUAACCAGGGAAGAAUUUGAGGCUAAGAAAGCUGAUCUAAGAUGGAAGCGUGAAAUGGACCGACUCAAUGAAAG